AUGGAUCUUCCGGCCUACCACGAGCGAAUGAAGAGAAAACUCGAUGAGUACCUGGCUUCCGAAGCAGACCUCGACGAGCGGUUCCCCGACUCCAUGCGACGCCGUUUCCCUGGAAAGAUUAGCGAGACCCAUUCCAAGCCAGUCCACUGUAACCGGACACCUCAUUUCGACCACGGAUGCAUUCGCUGUGGUCGACAGCCCACCGUUCUUUGCACUAGCUGCAAAGUGAUAAAGUACUGUAGUCCUGAUCAUCAAAACGACGACUGGCCCGACCACAAAAAAGCCUGCACGUCAAUCAAGAAAGCAAUGGACGAUGUGGAAAAGGAAGAUCAAGCAAUCCGUGCCCAUGACGGAGACGCCGACACCCCACGCAAUGCUUUCCACACCGCCAAGGGACGAUUCUGGAAAUACAAGGGACUAAGACCGUAUCUGAAAGCACGCUUGGAGCUUGUGAACGCGAUACGUGAGGUAGAUACCCUGAUUGCCGUGGAAACGGCACUAGAGCACGCCACGGAUAUCCUAAGACUUGAUCCCAGAGACGCCCUCUGCGUCCGCAGCAUUAUACCGAUCCUACUCCUCCGUCUCGAUCUCGACGAGCGCUGCUACUGGUUUUGUAAAUGGUGGCUUACCAAAGGCAAUGAUACGCAUCAUGACUGGGCAGGCGAUGGUCCGCUUUUGGCGCUUGAGCGACCGGUUGAUUUGUUCAAGACGGAAGACGCGUUUGAGCAUCUCGGCGGCUAUGACUACACAAGGACCUUCACCAACAGAGAUUUCGACCGGACUAGGUUGCAAAGUCCCGCUGAUCUAUCACUACUCGUUGCGAUUAUGCUUAUCAAGAUCCGUAUCCACAUAGAUCUGCAGUUGUUACGGAACGACUUCGAGCCUGAAACUUAUCUGCAGCGACACGUGAGCAGCGUUGUGGCCGCGAGAUACCGGAGAGGCACCCCGGAAGGGUUCUACAUGAGAGAGGAAAUGGAGCUUUUUGAAGCGCUUUGGGAACAGGUUAGCAUACUGUUUGGAGUGAUACGCGGAGUCAACAAAUACUUUUGGCCGGCGUUGCUAUACCCUUACCCGCCGCAGAAACGGGGUUUCAAGCGAUCUGAAUUUCUAGCGGGUACUGAGGCAGAAGCGAAGGUUACCGUGCAGGAUUGCUACACGACUUGGCGUGAGACACCUGGGGCUGUGGCUAUCAUCAAGGAAAUGUGGGAUAGGAGAUGA